CCAUUGACCAUAGUGGCACUAUGGUUGGGCCAACUUUUUCACCCUUAAGGUUUGGGGGUUGGAAAAAGGAAGAGAUACAUUCUUGGAUUUGGGGAUGGGCCGAAGCCCUUUUCAUCUUCUUCCAUACCUAGUCGUGUGUCACAAGAUCAUGUUGGGGAGUUGCAGAAACUUAAAGCUGAGAUGGAGGAGAUGAAGAUGGAGCGUGAGGAGCUGCGGAGGCAAUUGGAGCAGGAGAGGAGAGAGCGAGAGGAGGAAAAGAAAGAGCGAGAGGAAGAACAGAAGCAAAUUGCACAUCUUACAAGUUUGGUGACAGAGUUCUUAAAGGAAAGGACUCAAACGCACAAGUCAUCUAUCCAUCAUGAUGGGGCCAUGUAUUCAACUGAUACAUGGUGGAGUUAUGAGCAUGUGAAAUCUAGUUUCUGGUACAUGGAUAGCUUUUGUUCAGAUGAUCAUGGUGGAGUUGUCUACAAGCAGAAUCCAGUUUUUGGUUUAUUCAUAUUUUUGUCCACAUGAUGGUUGUUUGGAUGAAUAGCAAGAUCAGAUAUUUUGAAAUUUUUAAUUUACAUUUUGAUGUGUUUGGUGAUGAUUAUCACCUUAACAUAUGGUAUGGAUGAAACAUUUUGAUGAAUGGUUAAUAGGUUUGCUUGACUUUAGACUUA